AUGACGCCUUGCUCUACUGCGGAUCCUGGCGGUCACAUGACACGUGCACUUCCUCCGGAUCUCCAGUAUCUCCCGGAGGAUCAGCAGAGGGAGCCGGACACGGAUAUACGCCGCAUGUUGGUGGAAUGCCUCCAGCUGCUCGGGGCCACGCGUGAGGGGCGCUGCAUCCUGAAGGAACGAGGAGUCUACCUGAUCCUGAGGUCGCUGCACUCCUGGGAGACGGAUCCCGCCAUGCAGAGGACCUGCGAGAAGGUUAUACAGGUUCUGAUUGGAGAUGAACCCGAACCCGACUUAGAGAACCUAUUGGAGGUGACGGUCCCACCCGAGGUGGAGGAACAACUGAAGCGCCUGGAUGAGGAGGAGGAGAGAGAGUUACAGGAAGAGACCGACAAGUGA